GCGCCAUUUGCUAUUAUUGUGCGUCACAUUCGUACGCUUCUUCGCUUCCGGAUUUUGUUGUGAUGCGUUAGAAUGGUUGCUUGAGGUUUUGAUGUUCUGAAGAUGGAUGCUGAGACUGUUCAGUCUCCUGAGACCUCAGCAUCUGGCUGCCAUGCAGAGACCAUCACUGAAAAUGGCAGUACAAGGCAAAAUGUAACCCAACAGCCAGAUACAGACCUGAAUGGCCUUAGUGCUUAUGUGAAGGAUCCAGACAGUUCAGAAUCAGGCAGCCCACAGCUGGGUACUGUGGAGCAGGCAGAUGGCCCUGCACUGGUGCCCCCUUCUGAACUUAGGCCUGUUGGUGGAAGUGCCAGUAAUGGGAUGUCACAUACAGACACCAAUCAGAACCAGGACACUGACACACAAUCUGGCAUGUCACCAGAGUCACCCAAUGUAGGCACACCAAACUCGUCAUCCACCUCCAAUGGCACCUCUGCACCAAUCAAGGACGCCAUCACACUGAACCAGCCCUUAACCACCACCCCACAUUCCUCCUCAGUCACCAACCCACCAUCGUCAUCCUCCUCGACUCCAGGGUCAUCCGGCGGCGCCACCGCUGAGAUGACAGAGGUCAGUCUGCACGAUGAGGAGCCCGAUGACGCUGCUGACGGCGGUCGGCCGCCCGACCUGGAGGCGUCAUCGCCGGCGGCCACGGACGGCGCGUGCAGCCCGCUGUCGGAGCUGAGUGAUGAGCCGAUGGGCGGCGGUGGGCCGGUGGAGGAGCGGGCGCCGCCGACCGCCGGCCGCCGGCCGCCGCCCAACGGACUGCGUGUCGAUGUGGAGGCCGAGGUGCGCCUCUUCAACCUCACCGACAAGGUGGCCUCCCUGACCGACGAGAACCGGGCGCUGCAGGACAAACUGAAACGGUCGCAGGACGAGUCCUCCCGGCUGUCCGCGGAGAAUGGCAAGGAGCGCGCCCACAUCGAGACGCUGGAGCACCAGCUGUCCUCACUGCGCGCGCAGCUGGACGGUCAGCGCGAGAAGGCGGCCGAGGCGGCGCGCCGCCAGCAGGAGGCGGCGCGCGCGCUGGAACUGGACCUCACCGGACGCCUGAACCGCAGCCGGGCCCAGUUCGAGGCCGCCUGCCGGGACAAGGACAAAAUGGUGCUGCGCUACGCUCAGAGCGAGAAGACGGUGAUCGAUGCCAAGAGGGAGGCGGCGACGGCCGACCGGCGGGUGAAGGAGGCCCUCCGCGAAAAGGACAUGCUGGUCAGCAAGGUGAACCACAUGGUGCAGGAGCGCAACAGGAUGAGCCAGCAGAUGGAGGCCAAGGUCCAAGAAGCGAAGAAUUUGUCAAAAGAGUCGGCGAAGCUAAAGGAGGAGGUUGAGUCCAGGGACGUCCGAAUCAAGUGGCUGCAGAACAAAAUGAAACAGGAGGCGGACAGCUACAAGGACGGCCAGCUGCGGAUGGAGACGCUGCUGAAGGAACUGAGGGAGGCCCAGGAGACGAUUCGCCGAUACAAACUCACAGAGGACAACCGGUCAUCGGCGCUAGACAAGGAGCUGCGGGAGGAGAAGGCGCGCAGGAUGGUGGAGGAGAAGCUCAAACAGGACAGCACCAACAAGGAGCAAGCGCUGACGGCUCAGCUGCAGGAGGCACAGGAGCGCUGCAGUCGCCUGGCGCAGGAGAGUGCCGCCAACCUGGAGCGCGCGCUGGCGGCUGAGACGGCCCUGGAGCCGGUGGAGGCGGCCCGCGCGCGACUUCAGGAGGAGGUGGCCGCCCUCCGACACCAGGUGGAGACACUGCUGCACGACUCGGCCGAGCUGGACGAGACGAGAGCUACACUGGAGAGGGAGCGGGAGCGCCUGGCCGCCUCUCAGGCGGAGGUGGCCGCCCUGCAGGCGUCCCAGGCGGACAUGCAGGCCGACCUGGACGGCUGUCACGCCAAGGAGGCCGACCUGCUCGACUUCACCCAGAAACUCACCGAGAAGAACGUGGAGCUGCAGUCGCAGAUCUCGGGCUUCCAGGCGCGGUCCCAGGCGGCGGAGUUCGAGGCGCGUCAGUUCAGCUCGUGCAGGGAGGAGCUGGAGGACAGGCUGGCAGACCUCACCGGUCGGCUGGCUCGGGAACAGGAGGCACGAACUACAGAUAAUCAGCUGCUGGCCCGCCGUCUGGCCGAGCGGACCCGUCAGGUCGAGGAGCUGACACGGCGGGCAGAGGACGCAGAGAAUGAGACGGCCAUCGUCCGGAAGAAGCUCAACAGCAGCGUACGGGAGCUGCAGCGGGAGUUGGCACAGGCGCGGCGCCGGCAGGAGUCCCAGGACCCGAGCCCGGCUCCCACGCCCGCCGACGGGCUCAGUCAGGCGUCCCGGGCCUCCAGCAGUGUUAGUCUACACGAGGCGGCGCCGGCCGACCCCACCCCCGUGGUUCAUGUGACCGCGCCCGUGGAGCCCGAUAGACAGGUGCUGAUUGAGAGGAUCGUCCGGCUGCAGAGACAGGUGGCGCGGCGCAGUGAGAAGAUAGACUUCCUGGAGGACCACGUCAAUAACCUGGUGGAGGAGGUGCGACGCAAGUCGCGCCUGCUGCAGCACUACAUGCUCCGGGAGGAGGCGGGCGCGCUGGGCUCCCAGGACCGCGAUCAGGCCAAGUCGGAGAUGAUGCGGAAGGGCGGCAUCAUGGCCUCCGUCUACGGCUCCCACUCCAAGGACCAGGCCAUGACGCUCGAGCUCUCCCUGGAGAUCAACAAGAAGCUGCAGUCGGUGCUGGAGGACACACUACUCAAGAAUAUGACCCUCAAGGACAAUAUGAACGUUCUGGGUGAGGAGAUUGCAUCUCUGACCGAGCAGAACCGGCAACUACGGAGACAAUAACGCUGCAGUCGGCCGCCGGGCGGCGCCACCUGUACAUCCACGUCUCAGCUGAGCCUGAGGGGGGGGGGGGGGGGGCUCUCCGUGUGGGGAGGGGCUGCACAUACCUUUGGGAUCCCAUGUACCGGGCUCAGUGAUAAUGUGUGCGUGAGAGAGAAAACUUAUUUAUGCGGUACAAAUGAGGUGUGCGUGCGUGCGGGAUUAUGUAUAUCUAGGUGACGCUGUGUUCCCCUGUGUUAACCUCGAGCUGCGCUCGUCUCGCCAACCUGUCCUGUGUAAGCGGUAUGCCAGGUGGUGUCUUGUGAGGGGCAAGCGAGACGCACAUUGGAUCUGUUCAGAUCCGAAACUCAGUCGGGUGGAUGAGCCUGGUACGGGCGUUCCAAAGUCGACUAAACUGCGCCGUUGUUGGCGCACGCUGCGAGAAGACUUAACGCGCUUUCUGAUGUGACUCAUCGCAACAAAGACGAUUGGUUCUGAUGUAGAUCUUCGUUAUCAGAAAUCCAUCACCCAGGUCGGGCAGUUUGAGGGGGCGACGUUCCGAUCGCUGAUAAAUAGUUCCGUUAUGUUGCAACAUCGAAUGUUGUUCGGCUUUAAUUAUGGUCAUUGUCCGUUGUAUGUUCCGUUGUGGGAUGCAGAAAUGGGACUUUCGUCAGGGACGGUCGGGAAGGAGACUCCGAUGCGAGCUUGUGAAUUCUGAACUCCCUGUGGCUGAACGGGAGCUGUUAUAUCAUUCCCCUUUAUUUCACGGGAGCUCGAAGAAGUCACGCAAGGCACUAAAAACGGCGUUAGAACGCCAUGGACGGGGGGCUUGUUAAAAUGUCGAGUCAGGAGGCUGUGGGAACCGGGGGAGGGAGAAGAUGGAGCCGAAUCCGCCAAUAUCCAUUGGUUGCCGCGCGAACCACGGAGGGAACCGACUUGGCUCCCGGUACAGUUGCAAUAGUGUCGUCACAAACCGUGUGUCCGGAGCUCGAUAAGACAGGUCGACGUGCCGGGUUCGGACAGUGGCCGGCAGCGUGGGAUGGGUCCCGCCCGCUGGUGACUGUGCGGCCUGUCUGGAGGCCAGGGUGGGUCUCUGUCCUCGGCACAGGGGUCGCUCGGGCCUCAGUUAUCUGCUCCGGGCCCGCCGCCGGCGGCGCCGGACCUCUCAGUGUUGUGCUACCGAUGUUAUGUUGUUCAUAUUCGUCUGUAUGUGCGUAACCAUGAAUAUACUGAAACUGAACUGUGGUGA